AGAAGAUUUACACUAGUUUGCAGUAGUUUGGUUAUUUUUGCCUGUUUCUUCUGCAACUUUUGUUUUCUGGGAAAAACAAAAAAACAAAAAAACCUCUGCCGUUCAUCCGAUUUACUGAAUAUACUAUCUCAAAUUGAUUUUCUGGCUUAUGAAGAAGUACACUAACAGACUGAGAAGCAUGGCUUGUCAAGGUGAUGACUACUUAGAUUCCCUUCCACUGCCGGUUCAGCGCAUGCACUUAAUUCAGGUGGAUUCCGUACAGCGUUGGAUGGAGGACUUGAAGUUGAUGACGGAUUGUGAAUGUAUGUGUAUUCUUCAGUCCAAACCAAUCAGCACAGAGGAAGAUGCACAGAGUGAACUUAUCCUUUCAUCACAACAUAGUGCAUAUGAUAACUUGCAGUUAUUGUUAAAAAGAGCUUGGAUCAUAAGCACGGAGUUGACCAGGAUUGCUCAAAAACUAGAGAAGAACAGAUGGCAGAGAGUUCACAGCAUGACAGUAAGAGUCAAUUGUCACGUACAUUCAAUGAUAAACGAAUAUAAUACCGUCACUAGAAAUUCCUCAGAAGAAAUGCACCAGUUUGAAAAACUUUUAAUUGAAAAAUGUUCAGAAUUUACAACAGUCACGGAAAGGUGCAUACAAACUGAAGACGAACGGACAUUACAGUCCAUGAAAUCUUGUAUUAAUGAAACAUUAAUCACAGUCGCACAGUAUUUCGGCCAAUUGAUAGAAUUGGCCUUAACAUAUGAGAUACAGAAUCUUGUGAGACAAAUAAAUUCAUCAGAUAAUAUAUAUAUCACAGAAUCAUCUACCAUUGGUUUAUUCAGCCUUACCCAAGAGGGUGCUCAAUUGUGCCGCAUCAUAGCUAAGGAAGGAGGUGUUGUUGCUCUCUUUAAGAUCUGCCGCCAGGAUUGUUUCAGGUGCCUUUAUCCCCAGACUCUCAGAACACUGGCAUCCAUAUGCUGUGUGGAGGAAGGGAUUCACCAGCUGGAAAAGGUUGACGGGAUAUUGUGCUUGGCUGACAUUCUCACAGAUAGUACCCAUUCUGAAGCCACUCGUGCAGAAGCAGCAGCAGUAAUAGCACAAAUCACAUCUCCACAUCUCACUUUCACUCAGCAUCUCAGCAGCUUUCUGGAAAAUAUGGAGGAAAUUGUCACAGCACUUGUCAAAUUGUGCCAAGAGGCCUCAACUGGUGAAGUUUUCCUUCUGGCUUCAGCGGCACUUGCCAAUAUUACAUUUUUUGACACAAUGGCUUGUGAGAUGUUGCUUCACUUGAAUGCACUGAAAAUUCUUCUAGCAGCUUGCGCUGACAAACAGAUAGUCGAUACUCCAUAUUCUCGAGAUCAGGUUGUGACAAUAUUAGCAAACAUGUCUGUGCUGGACCAGUGUGCUUCAGAAAUAAUUCAAGGAAAUGGUGUUCAGCUUUUAAUGGAAAUGCUCUUUGAAAGAUCAUCUUCUGGGAAUUCAGCAGAAGUCACUGCUUGUGAGCGAGUUCAGCAGAAAUCUGCAGUUACCCUGGCACGGCUCAGCCGAGAUCCUGAAGUGGCACAUGCAGCCAUAAAACUCAGCUGUAUUCCUCGCCUUAUAGAACUCUGCAGAUCACCCGCUGAAAGAAAUAACAGUGAUUCUGUUCUAGUGGCUUGUCUGGCAGCCUUACGAAGACUAGCAGUUAUGAGUCCCGAUGGCCUUGAGGAUUCAGAUUUCCAGCAGUUGGUAAAGCCUAGACUUGUGGAUUCCUUUUUGCUGUGCACAAAUAUGGAAGAGAGCUUUGUCUAAAUAACUAAAUAUAGCCUCCAAAAGCAAUCGAACUAACACACGCAGAAUGAUGUAGUUCUAACAAUAUUAUUUUUAUGAUUAAUUUAUUUAAAAACUAUUAAAGUCUGGUAUGUAGAGGAAAAGAAACAGAAAAAGCAAUCUUAUAUCAGUGGUUUGAGCAAGUAAUCCUUCCCCCUCCCCCUGUUUUUUCUUCAAUACUUAUGGAU